AAUAAAUUACUAAUGUAAAAAAUGCACGAUGUCAAAUGUUUAUUAUUUCUAUGGAUUUAUUUAAACCUCAAUGAGCGGCUACAAAAUAUAAUAUACAAUUGGCUCCCAACGACGCUAACCGAUUCGUUCGCGACCGACACAUCACUACUGCGUAAUGGGAAAUGUACAUGAAGGAAGUCAGAGGAAGAUGGAAAUUUGUAUUUCAAGUAGCAAAUUUAGCGAUUUCAUAUUGAAUGGAAUCGAGUCAAUGCUCGCACCUGUUGUUUCCAAAUAAGUCGUAAAUUUGAGCUACCUUUAGCAACCAUUUUGCUAACGUCAGCGGUCGUUUGGCUAAGGGUUGGCUAGCAGGCUAACAUCAGUGACACACAGAAGUUGAGAACCAUGGCUUCACCCGAGGUGAAAAUGCAGGAAAUGAAUGAGGUCGUCAUCGUCACAGUGUCCGAGGAGGCCAGUGGGAGCCUCACUUCUGUGGUGGAGGAGGACAAAACAGUGCUAGUGACGGCACAGCUCGGCCAUCAGCCAGGGGAGGAAGUCCUGACAGUUACUCAGGUUGAAACAGAUGAUGAGAGUAAAACAGAUGGCCUGUCCAGUGAAGAAGCCGUGAUUGUGAAGUUAACAGAGGAGGUGGAUGUGGAAGCUGAUGUGUUCUACCCCAUCACAUGUGGAGACGCCAAAGCGACACUGGUGUGGAAGAAGUUCGUCUGCCCUGGGAUUAAUGUGAAAUGUGUCCAGUUCAAUGAUCAGCUCAUCAGCCCAAAGGAGUUUGUCUGCCUAGCAGGCAAGUCCACCCUGAAGGACUGGAAAAGAGCCAUCCGAUUCAACGGCACCAUGCUCAGGAAGAUCAUGGACUCAGGCGAGCUGGACUUCUACCUACAUGCAAAAGUCUGCUCCAACACCUGCCGCAGCACUAAGAUUGACGUGGUGGGAAACAAAGUGGCCGUCAGCGCUGAUCAGUCUGCUGAACUGGCUGGUGCCGCUUCAUCCAGUGCUUACUUGAAUGGAGGAUCCCUGACAGAGGCAUCUGAGGAACCGUCAGAAUGGGUGACAGCCAUUAGAGAGGACUCUGUAACAUUCUGGCAUGCAGUGAAGGAGGCAGGGCUGCUGGAGGAGGUGAUUGAGGACUUCCAGAAAGAGCUACAAGAGGUGCUGAAGGGGCUGCAAGAAAGAGUGUCUGAACCACCACUGCAGGUCAAAGAUGCCGUUUUGCUGAAUAACAUUGUGCAGAACUUUGGGAUGCUGGAUCUGGUGAAAAAGGUUUUGACUAGUCAUAAGAGCCAGAUGGAUCAUUACAGAGAGCAGUACACCAACAGCCUCGCUGCUCUGGAGCAGCAGUGUGAUCAGCACAGGAAGCGAGCCAAGGAGCUGAAGAGUAAAUCUCAGCACCUCAACAAUGUCCUGAUGAACCUCACCCCUGCACCUGCAACCCCGCCACGCAAACGCGCCCGAUUGAGCCGCACCACCUCCAGCCCAGCCACGAUCAGCCCAGCGCCCGCACAGGUCACGCUGCCUCUCAGCCAGCUGAGCGGCGUGGCGCUCGGCAAGCUGCUUACUGUGGCGGGAGCUCCCGCAGCCACCAACUUGGGCGGAUACACUCUGCUGACCUCGCCCCUCAACGGCUCUGAGCUGGUGGCCGACGCGUCCAACCUUACAGUGCUGUCCACUGUGGCGGGUCAAGAGGGGUCAUCCGCCGAGAGCAGCUCUACCGUCUCUUUUGUCAAAAUGGUCAGCCCUCAGUUCCAGUUAGUGACUCUGCCAAUACAGGGCCUGGCCACCACUCAAAACACGGCCAUUGCACAGCCGGUCGGAAGCAUCGCGGUGGUGGAUGCCACGGCGACCAGUGCAGACAUUUUUCUACAGGGAGUUCAAACUGGUGGGGAUGAAGGAGGUCAGCCCAAAGAGGUGAGAGGCGAUGACAUGCAGCAGCUGGCGGAGCAGCAGUGAUGGAAAAUUAGCAUUCUGUUUAUUCAGGGAUACUUCCUUAGUUUUUCUUUUCUUUUAAACUGCAACUUUUUCUUGGCCCUAGCAGUAUUGAAGAUGUUCUCACGUUAAUUUAGUGCAAUUCAUAUAAUAGCUGAGGAAAAGUGGCACACUUUAAUUAGUCAAGUUUAGGAUUACUUGGGUUCUACUCUUGUCUUUCUGCGUGAGUGUUUACUGUAUGUUUUACAGUCAUGGAAAAAAUGAUUAGACCACCCUUGUUUCUUGAUCAUUUUAAUGGCUGAUUCAACUAAAGGUACCUACCUUUGUUCACUCAAAUAUAACAAUGACAACAAAAAUAGCUUCUAAGAGUUACAUUUUUUUGGCAGUACAAUGCUAUAGCUAUUCAUGUAAGAACUUAAGUGAUUUUGGUUAUUAGCAAGAAAAAACAUGGAAGUUGCUAGAUAUCACCUCUUAAAUGAAACCCUUAUGAGCUGUAUUUGUUAUCAUUGUUACAUUUGUCCAAACAAAUGUACCUUUUAGUUGUACCAGGCGUUAAAAUGGAUCAGUAAACUGAAGAAACAAUGGUAGUCCAAUAAUUUUUUCCAUGACUGUAUCGUCAAUAUGUGUCCUGUUAUUGACUGGCAACCAGUCUGGGGUGUUAUACCCCACCACUCACUCUAAUUUGACUGGGAUAGGUUCCAACUCACCUAGCUUUUUUUUUUGACCACAUUGGGAAAGAGUAAGACCAGUGUCUGUUCUCAAACCUGUACUAAACGGUCGCAUGCCAAGAAGAAAGAACAUGAUGGAUGGCCUAACUUUUCCUGUGUUGCGUUCUGCUUCUUGGUUGAGUUCCUAAUCAUGUUAAGCAAUUUACACCAACAAACAAAAUGUCCCAUUUUCCUUUGCUGUUCUAUAAAUUGCUUGUAAUAAUACGUUGAAGUAUUUUAAUUUCUUGCAACUGUAACUGUUUGACAUGAAAUAUUUGAUUAGGACUUUUUCAUUUGUGUUAUGAUUUUGUAUGUAUCCCAUGUGAUGUAUGUUGCUGCUCCUCUCCCACACCCAGUUGGUGUUUGCACUAAUGCACACUAUAUCAUUUUCUUUAGUCACGGGCGCUAUUAAAUAUAAAGAUUUCAAGUCCCUAAAUAAAAAGCUGUUUAGUAAGAUCUGUACAGUCUAGAUUAUAGACUAGUUCAUAAAAUACGUCAUGACCUGUAAAUGCAUCAUGAAUUCAUUUUGAAAAUCCUGUGCCUUGAUAGUGCAUUGAGACAAAGGGAAGUUCAGUUUAAAAAAUGUAGUAAGAUUGUACAUAAGCACAACAAAUUAGUAUGCCAUUGGGAUGAGAUAAGAUCAAGAUAUAAUUGAACAGGUUGGAACUGUUGUCAUUCUACUAGAGGGGCAACUACCCAACACCCCGGCUGGGGCUGGAGCCUGCCUCCACAAACCCCAGCGGAAUGAGAAUGAAGUUGAGCGCCGCUAGACCAUGUGCUAAAAAGCCCGUGCUGUCAACUCGAUGUCCAGCGCGGCUCUUAAGGGCCAGAGAGUGUAUCUUGACCUGCACUAGAGUGGUUUUAUUAUUAUUUUUUUUAAAUCUAAUAAAGAAAAGUGAAUAAUAUAAAGACGGCCCCCGCAUCCUGUAAUUUUUCUACAUGCGGCCCUCGGUGGGGAAAGUUUGGACACCCCUGUCUUUUGCUGACAUGUACUAAACUGUUGCAAGUUUAACAGAACAAACCUGCCCAUGCGAAUGAAAGGAACAGGAAUAAUGCCCUUGAUUUCUUCGCCACAAGGUGGUGACAGUAUACAGGCGCAUCUGAAUACAUAAGAAUCUGAUGCAUGUUAUUUGAUUUCAGGAGUACACUUCAGGCUAAGAGACGGGAAGCCUUUGAUUACAACGUGAACCAGUAGUUUACAAUACCGAACUUUUUAACAAUGUUUAAAAUUUUAUGAGAUACUGAAGUUUAGGUUUUUACUAGUUGUAGGCUAUAAUCAUCAAAACUAUUAUUCCUGUGGCAGAGCUACGUGGUGGUCGUGGCCACCCUUGGUCACUCUCUGGCCUGACAAACGCGGCUCUGUAAUGCAGAACGUUAGUUCAGCCUAACCGCC